AUGUCAACGGACCUUGAAACUUUGCCCAAUGAGCUGCUCUUACAAGUCUUUUCGUUUAUCGAUGUUGUUCAUCUUCUUCGAGCAUUCAUUCGACUUAACAAUCGCUUCACCAGCCUCCUAUCUGUUCAUUUACAAAUUCAUCAGUUGAAUCUUCGGCGUAUCUCAAAGAAUAACUUUGAUCUGUUGUGUGACAAAUGUCUUCCAAUUUUUGUUCACUCUAUUCGAUCGAUUUAUUUAUCAAAUGAAGAAACACCAUCACUCUACGGACAACUUCGAAAUCGUGGAUACAGCAUGGACCGAUUCAUUUAUCUCCAGUCACUUUCGUUAAAUGACAUAUCUUGUAUUGGUACAUUGACAUCAACGAUCUCUUCUUGUCAAAGUCUUCGUCAUUUCACUCAUCUAUUCAUCAGCGAUUGUUCUCUAGAUGAAAAUCAAAGGCGACAGAUCGUGAACUUGUUCAAUAAUAUUUGGUCGAUCCCAUCGUUGAUUUAUUGUGAUCUGGACGGGAUCGAAGUCUACCACAUCUCGUUUACCAAUUGUAUUCUCUAUUCACAACCAUCGCCGAUUCGCUAUUUGUUCAUGAAGAAUAUUCCAUGUGAUUUCCAUAGUUUGUCAGCUUUGCUCACUCUCUUCACUCCACAUGUUGAACAACUAUCGACAAAAAUCUAUUGUCAAUCAGUUCAGGACACAUUUAGAUCUGUAGUACCAUCGCUACGAUCAUUGCAAUUGUUCUUUCGAGGCGGUCACAAAUCGUUGAGAAGUCUCCUGUCACAUUUUCCUAAUCUUCGACAACUGACAAUUGAAACAUUGGAUCUACAUUUGGAUGGAGAUCAAUGGCAAGAGAUUCUUUGUGCAGAUGCUUACAAUGUUGAAGAGUUUCAUCUAAAAAUGCAAAUGGAACUGGCUGGGAAUGAUGAAGAAGUCGAAGAUAAAGUUGAUCAGCUGGUCGAUAGCUUUCGUAAAAAGUACUGGAUCGAUGAACGUCGAUGGUUUGUUCGAUGUGAUUGGCAAUCAUAUGAGAUCACGACACAUGCUUACUUGUAUACACUUCCAUAUGCAUUCGCAGGUAUUGACUACUGGAAUGAGUAUCAUACAAAAUCAACAUGUUCCGAUGAAGAGACGAAGAACUAUCGUUCAUAUGACCGUGUCGAAAUGUUUACAAACAAUCAUCGACAAAGUAUGAGUUUGUAUGACAUUAGGUUGAUAUGUGAUCGAUAUCGACGUCUUCGUCUUCUUGACGUUGUUCUUCCGUGUGAAAUGGAGUGGCCAAACGCGAAAGACAUGCAGUUUGAUGAGUUAGUUUCGCUGACAGUGAGAAUACAGAUCUCAUCUGGUUAUGAACAGCUGCAGCGUUUGUGUGAUGCAUCACGUCGACUGUAUUGUUUGCGAAUCGUAUUUUGGCGCAAAUGUGUGGCGAAGUUAUGUGACCUUAAGAGUGCAUCGGUUCGUCGUGUUGAGCUGAGUGGGAUGAUGAACUGGAGUGGUGCUUUCGAUCGAGAUGAAUGUAUGUUAUUUUGUCAUUCAUCACUUGGUCAACAGUGUGAAGUGUUGAAGAUCGAAGUAGAAGAUCGCCGAGGUAUCCUUGAUCUGGUGGAAGAAAUGAGUAAUAUUCGACUGCUGAGCAUUCGAUGUCGUGAUGAUCGAUGGAACGGAAGAAAAGAGAGCCCAACAGAAAGCGAAAUGAUCUCUUGGUUGACGAAGCAUCUUCGAGCGAAAAGUUUUAUCACGAGAAAUGUGCAUUGGUCAUCAUAUAUUGAUAUAUGGAUUGAUGAAGAAGACAAAAGAGAACGGAGAAAGUACCAGGAGACAAAAUCAUGGGAAGGAUGGCAUAAAGUGGGGCAAUUUCUGACAUCAAUUCAAAAUUUGUUACGAAAGAAAUAA